GAUAAUUUCUCUUUUUUUCUCUCUUCCUCUCGGAAACAAAUACCAACCUAGGAGCUAAAACUUUCGUCUUGAGGAAAUGGCAAGCCCGGAGGCAAUUGAUGGAGUUACGGAAGCAACCUCUGAGGAAAUAUAUGGAGCUACAGAUGCCUCUGAUUCGACAUUUCCGGCGGUCGAUAUUGACAAAAAUUUGAAUCCCGGGACGGACAAGAAUUUCGAAGUUGAUCCCACAUCGCAUGACGUGGCUACCUCGUUGGAGAUGAAGCGACAAGUUGAAGAAAAGAAAAAGGAAGCGAAGAAGAAAAAGGAUGGGUUGCAGACCCUCAAAACAACCAUUCUAGUGUCGGUGGUGAUCGUGGCUGUGGCAGGGACGGUCUUUGCUGUAACCAAGAAAUUGAGAGAGAAAUGAAUUUGUUAGCUGGAUGAUGAUAGUAACUCUGGCUUCUUCUUUUUUUAAUGUUGUUAUAUUUUUUUUUAUUGCUUUUUUUUUUUUUUAUAAUUCGGGUGCUUUUCCUUCUUCGAUGUUUAAUGUCGAACAUGGACGUACUCACACGGUGGUACCCUGUUUUGAUCUCAUAAAUGUAUUAAUAUUUAAUAAUGGAAUGAAACAAUCAAUUGUGGGUA